GAAGCAGGUAUUUCUUUGACUUGAGCAAAUGGAUUUUUAGAUGAGAUAUGAUUCUGGGUUUCUGUGUUGAUUGAGUGAAUUUUAACCGGUCUUUGUCAUCUUUUUCCACAGUUUUGAGGAAGUUCAAUUUAACUGUAUUGGUGACGUUUAAGCAGGUUAUAAACAGAUUUUCUCGCUGCUGAAUCUAUACAGCUGACAUUCAGUUAAAUCUUUGAGUCAAGGUUGAGAAGAUUCGCUAGCAGAUAUCUUUAGUCAUGGACGUGGCAAACAUUAAGGCCGUGUAUGAGGAGCAGGGAUAUCUGUCAUCUAUAUCUGUCCUGAAUGCAGAGGAGCUCCAAAAGGCUCGAGACGCUUUUGCUGAGCUGGAGAGAAAACACGGUGAAGAAUACACAGCUUACAGCCUUCACAACAUUCAUAUGGAGUGUGAUUGGGUAAUGGCCCUCGCCAAGCACCCUAAGCUUCUAGAGGUGGUGACCGCAGCUUUGGGCCCUGACGUCCUCCUGCUCGACUCCAGAUUCAUCUGCAAAUAUCCAGUGACUAAAAAGCGACAGAAUAAUGUCAUCAUCAACCAGUUAGGCAACAACUGUGACGAGAAAAAAGAAGCAGAUGCCAACGAGAAAGAUGGCAUGCCGUUUGUGGCCUGGCAUCAGGACAUGAAGUAUUGGGGUUUUGACGGAGGUCCAGUUUUGUCAGUCUGGCUUGCCCUGGACGAUUCACUCGAGGAUAAUGGAGCCUUGCAGGUUAUUCCAGGAAGUCAUCGUUCCGGUCUUCUACCUCAUCACCAAUCAAAACGAGAUGGUAACAUGUUGAGUGUCAAUCAAGAAAUCCCAGAAGAGCUGUUGGAGACUGAGAAAGCAGUCUUAUGUCCUCUGUUAGCUGGUCAGAUGUCUGUCCAUGAUGGACUUCUGGUUCAUGCCAGUGAUCCGAACACGUCCAACAGGAGGCGCUGUGGAUAUGUCAUCCGUUACGUUCCCACGUGUACUUAUCCAAUCCAGGAUCCUGAACGGCCGAGGACUUUCUCUGCUACGGUGCUGGUCAGUGGUUUUGACAAAUAUAACCACUUCUCCAAGCAAAGCGUCAAUGUAUGAGGAUUGUAUUAAAGAUUACAGUAUAUUUAAGAUGGGUGAUUUGGCAAAAUGAUCAAAAUAAGCACUCACAAUACACUAUAUGUCAUUUUGGUGCUUUAACUGUUUCGAUAUUUUUCUUCACAAGCAGCACCUUGUUGGUGCUUCUACCUGUAAAUUGUAAUUGUGUAAUAUCCUGGCUUUUGGGGACAUGAUAAGUUAUUUAAAAUGUGAUAUGAUUUAGCCUUAAACUGAAUAGUCUUGUUCUAAACCUGUAACUGAUUUUAUUAAUAAAUUGUUCAGCUCUACUUUUGAA